GCGGUAACACGCUCUCUUGAAGACGUCCAUCACUUUUAUUGCGAUUGAUAUAAUCUUGUAUAAUAUGGCGAGCUCGAUCUCGGACACAACGGCUUCACCAACUCCUUUCAGUCCUUUCUCGACUCAUUCUGGCGGAAGCGACCUCGCCACAUCUGACGAAACCCCUGAUCUGGGUGCCUUUACUACUGUUUUCCGUGCCUUGGACGAACUACAGCCCCGCGCUUUCUCGUUUCCCCUCAGCAACAUCUCCACCACAGUGCCGACGACCAUCUCCAAUUUCUCGCCCACAGAUUAUGACUCGGACAGACAUAGGGGGUCCACAGUAUGGAACCACCAACCAAUUGCAUCUUAUCUAUCCGUCUCCUCGCACGACAUGCCUUCCAACAGAUCCCUGUCCCCACCUCCUGAACCCCCGUCCUCAGAUACUGAGGGGGAGCCAGAUGUUGACGAGGACACCAACGAGGAGCUUUCCGCCCUCGAGCCCUCCCUAGGAUAUCUUGACAUGGCCCUCCAAUUCAUAGCCGAAGAGCGGGCCAAGUUUGCCGCCCAGCGCGAUGCUGCCUGGCGAGGAAAUAGCUCUACAUCGGAAGGCGCCCUGCGACUAUCUGCUGCUCCUCGCCGUAAGCGCCGUAGAAAGAAGGCCAAAUCCCUCGUCCGGAACGGCCAUCUAACGCGCUCUGAACAAGCAGAGGACGAGAGCCGCACGGAAACGAUCGACGCUUCUGCCGAUCACGAGGCCGAUGACUGGUCUUCCUCCGUGGAAAUAUCUUCUUCGUCUCCUGCGUACUACAAGUCCACCCCUGGCACACCGCCACAGGCAAAGAAAGAGCGACAUGUUAAGCUGACUGUGGCAGUCGAUACUAAUCCUCGACUUGGCCAUUCCAAGUCUACCCCUAGCUUGCGCCAUGUGUCCAUGCCUCUCGAUCCUCGUGUUGUUCGUCUCCGUGCUCUUGCUAUCAGACUGCGGUUUAUGUUCCCGGAGGACGCCGCCUCUAUCACAUCUAUUUUAUCCAACGACUCUCUCAACUCUUCGUCUCCCGAAUUCAUUGACCCACGUGGGCCCAGUCCGGAAUCCGGUCAGGCAUUGACCCACGUUUUCAUAGACUAUUCUAAUAUAUUGAUUGGCUUCACGACAUAUCUACGCCGACACCCACAUCUCGUCACAAAUACUAGACCGAAACACAUGUCACACGCCGCACUGGCGAUCAUCCUCGAGCGCGGACGUCCCAUCACGCGCCGCGCGCUCGCCGCCUCCUCGCCUCUAUACCAGCCAAUGGAUUCAGCCGAGCAGCUCGGCUACGACGUGCGUGUGUAUGCGCGCGUCCCGGACACCGGUGACGGCGCAGACCGCGCACGCCAUAGCGACGGGACGAAGGGGAAGGGGAAACAUUUUACGAAGGGCCACAGCCACCGCGCGUCGGGCGGCGGCACGUCGACGGAAUCCGAACCGGGCUCGCACGCGCCAGGCGCGGCGCGGCCCGCACAGACGCGGAUACGGUACCGCGAGCAGGGCGUGGACGAGCUCCUGCAGCUCAAGCUGCACCAAGCGAUCGCGGACGUCGAUGCGGACGCGCCGCCGAAGGGGUCCACGAUCGUCCUGGCCACGGGCGACGGGAACGUGGGGCAGUUCAAUGAGGAGGGGUUCCUUGGGUGCGUGCGCACGGCGCUGAAGAAGGGAUGGAGGGUCGAGCUGUAUGCUUGGGAAGGCGGGCUCAGCCGCGCGUGGGCGCGCGAGUUCGGCGACGGGGGUCCGUGGGCGGAUAAAUUCCGGAUUGUGCCUAUGGAUACAUUUGGGCCUGAUUUAUUGGAGGCGUGAGUGGGGGUGCGCGGUGCUGGCCUGUCGAGCUGUCGAGGCCUGUCGGCGGACCGGAGCGGGAGAGUGAGUGUGAACGCUGGAGGGACGUUUUUAUUCGAUCGAGGUACUUGACUUGCGCGUACUGCCAGCUUGUUGUCUUCAUCUAGGAUCACUGUACGAUAUAAAUACUUGUAUGUGCGUAGUAAGCGUGUAUUGUUGUAUGCAUUGGCUAUAUGAAGAGGUGAACGACGUUUCAUCGAACCUAU